AUGCCUACAUCACUACAGAAAUUACACGUUCAGCUCUCGUCUGCAUUCCAACGCCAUUCUUCAUAUCUAUCUAUCUAUCUAUCUAUCUAUCUAUCUAUCUAUCCUCGGUUUAGUUAUUCCUCUCUCUCCUUGAUAAUUUUUGUACUUUCCUCUCGUCACUGUCCUUUACGGCAAGCUCGAUGUUUCUUUAUCCUUCAGUCUGUUAAUCUAAUCCAGUAUCUUUCUUUCUCUCAUAUUCUUCCCAACCCCAAUCUAAGCCACACUUCCAAUCACAUGCUAAGUCGUUUUCCAGUUGCGUUCUUCAGCCUUUUCAAAUGUUUUCCUCUUCGUCAUCACCUCAUGUUCACUAAAGGCAAUGGGGGAUGCAAAUUUAAAAAGGGAGAUCACCGAAAAUACAUCAACCGUAUUCUCGCAACCACCAGAUCUCGUGAAGCGUUUCAUUUGUACUUCACAUCAUUUAUUAUUUCUCCUUUUCUUUAUAACCUUAAGCGAUAUUUCUCACUUGCACUUCUUUUUAAGUCGUUCGCUUGUCAUCAUCUGUCUAUCCAUCAACCUGUUUUUCUAUUAGUCGUUUCUCUUUCUGGCUUGGACACUUCUUUUUACGCAUGA